CUCAUUGUAUAUAUAAAGCCCCACGAAGCAUGCAUCUCCUUCAAAACACAAACAAGAUCUUCUCUAUCUCUCUUUCUAUCUACAAACUUUCUUGAACUCACGAGUCAAAAUUACACGAAAAUGGGAGCUUGCAGUUCAAGUGAAUCUCGGAGAACAGAGACGGCGAAGCUGAUUCUACCAGACGGAACGUUACAAGAGUUUUCAUCACCAGUGAAAGUGUGGCAGAUUCUUCAAAAGAAUCCCACGAGUUUUGUUUGUAACUCCGACGAUAUGGACUUCGACGACGCCGUUGUAGCGGUCGGUGGCAGCGAGGAUCUCCGGCCUGGAGAGCUUUACUUCGUUUUACCUUUGACAUGGCUUAAUCAUCCACUAAGAGCAGAGCAAAUGGCGGCUUUGGCGGUUAAAGCGAGCUCCGCGCUUACCAAAAGCGGUUGGAGUUGUGGUCAUGAAGGUGAAGGGAGAAGGGUUUCUGGUGGUGAGUGUAGAGUUAAGAGAGUGAAGAGAAAUGGGUGCGGCGGAAGAGGGAGGAGGAAGUUUACGGUGGAGUUAAGUUCAAUAACAGAGUAGGAGUAAUUUGGUCAGAAGAUGUGUAAAUUGUAACUAGACAGUUUGACUUUUUAUAUAUAUCCAGUUUUUUUUUUUUGCUAAAAUAUAUAUAUCCAGUUGAUUUCACUAUCUAA